AGUCGUCAUUGUUCAACAGUGACGCAGGACCGCGCUCGGUUUUCACGGAUCAUGGAUGUGCUGCCCGGCCAAGCACAUUCGAGCGACCCAACCAGACUCGACGAUUCCGAUCUGCCUGAUGAGACGGGUGGCUCGCGCGCACCAGAGCCUCUGCUGUGGCAGGACGACUUAGAUGCAAUCACACAGCCAGUUCAAGCCCAGCAAGACGACGGAGUCUCGUUCACUUUGACAACGCCAACCUCGAAUUCUGCGUCUGCAGGGAGCUCGGUCGGCUCGUAUCGGAAAUUCCUAUUCCAUCACCACAUACAGCAAAUGAUGUUUGCCUUUGGCGAUGCCAAAGAGACCGACAAGGAUGCAGCGUAUUUAAUUGAAGAGAUUGUUCAGCGAGAGAUACAGCAGAUUUUUGUGAAUGCCAUGAAUUGUGCAAUACAACGUCAGAGCCGGUACCCCACAGUGCAGGAUGUGGCGAUUGCACUCUCGAACGAUCGCAGCAGAAUGAUGCGGCUGCACGAGUAUCUCAACCACAAAGACAUUAGCUCACAAGCAAGCGCCUCGACCGAACAAGCUGAUACACGUACAGCUAACGAGGCACCGACAUUCCGAACCGGCAGCCUAUCGGUGCAUCUAUCAGAGACGUUUCUAGUGGAUUCCAUGUGCGCAACGUUAGGACUGGAUGUCGCGGGAUUGACACCAAAAGUCUUGAAUCCGGUUACUGCUGCAAGGCUUGUGCGUGCCGACAACCGCACCAGCAACAUGUCCAAAGCGGCAUACAUGGAUUACACGGCAACACGGCGAGUAAACUUUGUGCUGCACACAAAACGCAAAUUCUGGACUUGGGUGCAGCGGCAUCCGGAGGCGGACGAGCAUCCACCCACGCACAUGGACGAUGUGUUGGAUUUGCUGGCAUUCCUUGCAUACGAUCUGAUUGGAUUACUCGCCGAGCUGGCCCUGGAAGUGCAGACUGCCAGUCGCUUGGCGCCAGCCCCCGUGGUUGGCCCAGCUGCAUUUGCUCCUCCGCCACUCGCGCACAGCGUGUGGCUAUCAUCGCAGCCCUCUGGGGGUGGUGCCUUCCAGGCGCUUUCGUCGUUUCAGUCUCCGUCGUCCUUCUCAGCCGAGAAGCCGGCCAAUCCCAAGUUACCUGUCGAGCCUUCGCCCUGUACCGUGCCGGCGGAUUCUGGGAUUACUGCGCAGCAUGUUAUGCGUGCGUACCAAUUGCUCCGACAACGAUCAGAGGUACUGGGCGGACAUUCGCGAGCUGCUUUGCCCGACCAGGCCCACUUCGCCCCGACCCUACGCUUUCGAUAGGACGGACAUCUGGUUUCAUUGUACAAUCUAUUUAUUUACACUCCAAUUCACCACGUGAUCUUCACAAUGAGCUGUCAUUUGAG